AGGGGGACAAGUGCAGGGUAUCAGCAGGGAUCAUAUUUUGAAGUUUUUGAGAAGAAAAAGCUGCUUCUAUGACACAGAUAACUAGCUUUCAUUUCUCACAAACAUCAGCAACGAAUCACAGUCAUGACUAUAAACAACAAUUGCAACAAUGAUGGCCAGGACGUGACAAUGGAGUCGAAACUGAAUGGAGCCAGUAUGAACGGGCGUUCAACUAACGGUGUGCAUACGAAAGGCUCAUUACCCGACACCAACAGCGUAAAUGGUGUUUCUGCUGAGGCGGUCCAUUGAAAUGGCCAAAUGCUCAUCGCAAUUUGUGGAAUGGCAUGUCGUCAACCUGGUGGCCUAACGACACCUGAAGAACUUUGGAAUUUCCUCCUGGCAAAGAAAGAUGGUCGAUGCCGUGUCCCGGAGUCAAGAUAUAACAUCAACUCAUACUAUUCGGAUGCUAGACAACCGGGAACUGUCUCAACAGAGUACGGAUACUUUCUAGAUGAAAGUAUCGAUAUCGGCGCUCUGGAUGUCCUUCUUCACCAUGACGCGCACAGAGGCAGAGCGAGCCGAUCCUCAGCAACGACUGAUGUUAGAAGUCGCAAGAGAAGCAUUCGAGGAUGCAGGUGUGACAAACUGGAGAGGUAGGACUAUUGGUACUUAUAUUGGCAAUUUUGGAGAGGACUGGCUGAAGAUGCUUGGAAGGAGACUCAGUCAUGGGGGAUACAUCGUAUAUCUGGCCCAGGAGACUUUGUUGUGGCCAACCGCUUAUCCUAUGAGUUCAAUUUACAAGGACCUAGGUAUAUCCCUGAGUUAUAUUGACAUUGAAACGUUUCCAGACUGACACUCUCAAAUAGCAUGACGAUUCGCACGGCUUGUUCUUCCGCGUUAGUGGCCUUGAAUGAAGCCUGCGCUGUUAUUAGCAGAGGUGACUGUGAAUCCGCGCUAGUAGGGGGUAUAAAUCUCAUUCUUGCACCGGGGACGUCAAUGGCGAUGCAGGAAUAGGGGGUCCUCUCUACGGACGGUUCAUGCAAAACUUUUUCUGCUGAUGCCAACGGGUACGCCCGUGGAGAAGCGGUUACAGCGGUUUUCGUCAAACCAUUAGCGGAUGGCCUUAGAGAUGGCAACCCAAUUCGGGCUGUCGUGAGAGCCACAUCCCAUAACGCGGAUGGGAAGACUCCAACGCUAUCACAGCCUAGCACUGAUGCACAAGAAGCCCUAAUAAGGAGAGCAUAUGAGCUGGGGGGUAUCAAUAACUACGCGGAAACUGCCAUGGUCGAAUGCCAUGGAACGGGAACGCCCACUGGGGACCUUAUUGAAGCGAAAGCGGUCGCCAGAGUUUUUGGGGACAAAGGCGUCCACAUAGGAUCAGUCAAGCCAAAUCUCGGACACACUGAAGCGGCACCUGGCUUGGUAUCACUCCUGAAGAUGGUGAAAGCACUUGAACACCGUAUAAUCCCUCUAAAUAUCAAAUUUCACAAUCCCAAUCCAAGCAUUCCGUUUGUGAAUUGCAAGCUCACAGUGCCCACGAAACCAACUCCGUGGCCAGAAGACAGACUCGAACGGGUCAGUGUCAAUUCAUUCAGGAUCGGUGGUGCAGAUGCCCAUGUUAUUCUAGAAUCUGCCGCUACUUACAAUAUCCGGACUCCAGUUUACGAAACUCUGGAGACACCCCAGCUUCUACUAUUCACAGCAAAUUCGCCAAAGUCAAUCACACAGCUAAUUGACAAUUACAAAGCAUGGAUUGAGGAGAAUCAGGACAAAGUGAGUGAUUUGGCCUACACUUUGGCGAGAAGGGAACACUUGCCGUACAGGGCAUUUGCAAUUGUCAGUAAUGGUGUCGUUGAAAGUGUUUCGCAGCCUACAAAAUCAAAGUCAGUGAAACCCCCGAGUGUCGUGAAGGUUUUUAUUGGUCAAUGUGCCCAAUGGCCCCAGAUGGGACGAGAAUUGCUUCGAUCGAAUGAAGUCUUCAAGUCUAGCAUCAGAACUCUUGAUAAGCACCUACAGACCAUUGAUGCUGAGCAACCUCAGUACACAAUCGAAGAAGAGCUCAAGAGACCAGGCAAAAGGAGCCGACUAUCUUUGGCCGAAAUUUUCCAACCACUUUGCACUGCUAUCCAGAUUGCACUGGUAGAUACUCUCAGAUCAGUAGGGGUUGUCCUAGAUGCAGUCGUGGGCCAUUCUAGUGGUGAAAUUGCUGCAACAUACGCCUCCGGGGCUCUUACAGCUAAAGAGGCUAUCACCACUGCGCACCAUCGUGGGGCUUUACGGGCAGGCAGAAGCGACCAGGAACGAUGGCAGCCAUUGGAAUGAGUUGGGGAGAGACUGAAAAGUAUCUCGUCCCAAAUGUAACGAUCGCCUGUGAUAACUCUCCCAAGAGCGUUACGAUUUCAGGAGACAUCGAUGCUGUAAAAUCUGUUAUUGCUACUAUCAAGGAGAAACAGCCGCAGACACUGGCUAGGCUGCUCCAAGUUGAUAAAGCCUACCAUUCAUACUAUAUGAAAGAGAUUGGGGAGCAUUACCAGAUUUUAAUCGAUGAGGAAGUGGUUGGCAGGGCCCCGUCAGCGCACUUCUUCUCUAGCUUCGACUUCGCAUCAACAGGCAGUGGGAAACAUUGUUAAUGGAAGGCAAGGAGAUGAGGUCAACUACCACAUCCACCCUACUGUGCUUGACGGGACCCUCCAGAUUCUUGGAGCUGCGGCGGUCAAUGGAUAUGCACGCAAAACUAAGGCCUGGCUCCCAACCAGCAUCGAUAAAAUUAGUGUCAACAGGUGCAUUUCGGACGUAGUCACUAGCGUUUCAGCUAAGCUAUCCAGUAAUUUCUCGGUCAUUGGGGAUGGUCGUUGCACAUCUGGUGGCAUGACGGUCGUGGAAUCCAUCGGCAUUCGAAUGUCACUCGCAGAUAGCGCCGGUGCACCCGAGCUUCCAGACGCACACGCAGCAUCGAGGUGUGAAUGGAGGCCUGACAUCGAUUUCUUGCAUAUGAAUGAGCUCAUACACGCACCUGCCGGCCGUACAGACCACCUACGCCUACUGGAAGAGCUUGGGGACAUAUGCUUGCUAUUGUCCCAACGGAGCUUUUCCGAAUCUCCAAGAAGCCCUAUGCUUCCCCAUUUGUCAAAAUACGUGGCUUGGGUCCGGGCUCAAUCCACCUCAAUAGUUACCAGGUUACCCUGGACUUGGACAGGCCUUGACAAUG